AUGGACUUGACACUGGGCAACCUCGCGGCGACGGAGAUGGAUGAUGAGCCUACGGAGGUCCAAGGAGGAGGAGCGGCUGUCCCGCCAGAGCCUGCCGUGCAGUGGGCCUUCACUACGGCACGCCCGGGCACUACGGAGAGGAAGAGAGUGAUGGAGGUAGAUCAGCCCAGUGGGUAUGCGUCCUUGUUUGCGGCCAUGCAAGAAGAGGUUGCGCCCCGGCUGCAAAGCCCAAGGCUGCCCAACAGGUCCAGACCCCGGCUGCCCCCAAGGGAGGAGCAGUGCCCCUGGGUGCCAAAGCGGUUGCCCCUGCCGGUGGAAUAA